AUGGAAGACCUAGGGGAAAACACCACUGUCCUGUCCUCCCUGAGGUCACUGAACAACUUCAUCGCCCAGCGUGUGGAAAGCCAGCCUGGGCUGGCCACGGGCCCGUCGCUGUCAGCCUCUCUGCAAACGCAGUACCAGCAGAACAUGCAGCUGGAGGAGCGCGCUGAGCAGAUCCGCUCACAGUCACACCUCAUCCAGGUGGAGCGCGAGAAGAUGCAAAUGGAGCUGAGCCACAAGCGGGCCCGUGUGGAGCUGGAGCGCGCAGCCACCACCAGUGCCCGCAACUACGAGCGCGAGGUGGACCGGAACCAGGAGCUGCUGACCCGCAUCCGGCAGCUGCAGGAGCGGGAGGCCGAGGCAGCGGAGAAGAUGCAGGAGCAGCUGGAGCGUAACCGCUUAUGUCGGCAGAACCUGGAUGCCACCAGCAAGAAGCUGCGCGAGAAGGAGGACAGCCUGGCUGAGGCCGGUGAGACCAUCAGUGUGCUGAAGGCCAAGGUCUCGGAGCUGCAGUGGAGCCUCAUGAACCAGGAGAUGCAGGUGAAGGGCCUGGAGUCAGAGACCCAGGAGCUGAGGGAGCAGCUGGACACGCAGCACAGAAAAUGUCAGGAGGCCAAUCAGAAGAUCCAGGAGCUGCAGGUCAGCCAGGAGGCGAGAGCCGAGCAAGAGCAGAAGGUCAAGGACCUGGAGCAGAAGCUGUGUCUGCAGGAGCAGGAUGCGGCGGUGGUCAAGAGCAUGAAGUCAGAGCUGGGGCGGCUCCCCAAGCUGGAGCGGGAGCUGAAGCAGCUGCGGGAGGACAAUGCCCGCCUGAGGGAGACACAGGAGACACAGGCACUGCUGCAGGAGGAGUUGGAGGGGCUGCGGCGGCGGCUCGGACGGCAGGAGAAGCUGCAGGAGGAGCUGGUCAGCCUGGAGCUGGAGAAGGACAGGCUGCUGGGAAAGCUCCAGAGCUGGGAGAGGCUGGAGCCAAGCACGGGGUUGCACAUCAGGAGUCCCGACGAUCUUUCCAGAUUUGUGGUUGACCUGCAGCAGAGGGAACUUACCCUGAAGGAGAAGAACAACUCCCUCACCAGCAGCGCCCGCGGGCUGGAGCAGGCCCGGCAGCAGCUUGAGGACGAGGUCCGCCAGGUGGGCAGCCAGCUGCUGGAGGAGCGUCGGAGGCGGGAGACAGCUGAGGCCCUGGCUCGGAGGCUGCAGAAGCGUGUGCUGCUGCUGACCAAGGAGCGCGACGGCAUGCGGGCCAUCCUGGGCUCCUAUGACAGUGAGAUGACCCCGGCCGAGUACUCACCACAGCUGACCCGCCGUAUCCGCGAGGCCGAGGACAUGGUGCAGAAGGUGCAUGCCCACAGCUCCGAGGUCGAGGCCCAGCUGUCACAGGCCCUGGAGGAACUGGGAAGCCACAAACUGAGAGCUGAAACGCUGGAGAUGGAGUUGAAGCUCCUGAGGUCGCAGACACAGCCCGAAGACCACAGCUUCCAGUUCUCCAGGGAGGAGGUGGACUCACUCAGACUGAAGGUUGAAGAGCUGGAGGCAGAGCGAAGGUGUCUGGAGGAAGAGAAAAUGGUGCUGGAGGCCAGGCUGGAGAGGCUCACCCUGCAGGGCGACUACGACCAGAGCCGGACCAAGGUGCUGCACCUGCGCAUGAACCCGGCCGGCAUGGCGCGGCAGCGGCUCCGUGAGGACCAGGUGCAGCUGCAGCAGGAGUGUGAACGGCUGCGGGAGCUGGUGCGCGCCCUGGAGCUGGGCGGCGCUGUGCCCGACCUCGAGGCUGCCUCGGGCCUGCCAUCCGCCAGGGAGGUGGCAGACCUGAAGAAGCAGGUGGAAAGCGCAGAACUGAAAAACCAGAGACUGAAGGAGGUCUUCCAGACCAAGAUCCAGGAGUUCCGGAAAGUCUGCUACACGCUCACGGGCUACCAGAUCGACAUCACCACCGAGAACCAGUACCGCCUGACGUCCAUGUACGCCGAGCACAAGGCCGACUGCCUGCUCUUCAAGGCCACCGGACCCUCAGGGACCAAGAUGCAGCUGCUGGAAACGGAGUUCUCACGCACAGUGGGCGAGCUCAUCGAGUUGCACCUGCUGAACCAGGACAGCAUCCCGGCCUUCCUCAGCUCCCUCACCCUCGACCUCUUCAGUCGGCAGACCCUGGCCUAG